GCUGCAUUUUUGCAUUGGUGCGUGGCAUUGUCGCGGCGAUCGUUGGAAUAAGUGGAAAACAUCCUGCCAAACCAGCCGGUUCCAGUUUGAUAUCGUUCGGAAAUCUCGCGUCCAGCCGUUGAACCAUGCCGACCGUCGGAGUGAAGCGCGAUCUGCUCUUCAAAGCACUCGGAAAAACCUACACUGACGAUGAGUUCCAGAAGCUUUGCUUCGCGUAUGGAUUGGAACUGGAUGAGGUGACCACCGAGAAGCAGAUGAUCACCAAGGAGCAAGGUGAGGUGGAUGCGGCAAAGGAUGCCUCGGAGGAAAUUAUCUACCGGAUCGAUAUUCCGGCUAAUCGGUACGAUUUGUUGUGCCUUGAAGGACUGGUCCUGGGAUUGCAGGUGUUCCUGGGAAAGAUAUCUUAUCCGAAAUUCAUGAAGGUGGAACCGAUGAAGGGAGCAGUACAGAAGCUGGUCAUCACGGAAGCAACCAAGCAGAUUCGUCCCUUUGCCGUGGCUGCCGUCCUCAGGGAUAUUAGCUUUACGAAGGAUUCCUACAACAGCUUCAUCGAUUUGCAGGACAAAUUACAUCAGAAUAUCUGCCGCAAGCGUGCGCUGGUCGCGAUUGGAACUCACGAUCUGGACACCUUGAAGGGUCCAUUCACUUUUGAUGCAAAACCUCCGAAGGCGAUUAAGUUCAUUCCGUUGAACCAGGAGAAGGAAAUGACGGCGGACGAAUUGAUGGAGUUCUAUUCCACUCACGCUCAGCUGAAGGCUUAUUUGCCAAUCAUUCGCGAUUCACCGGUUUAUCCGGUAAUCUACGAUUCGAACGGAGUUGUUCUGUCCCUUCCUCCGAUUAUCAACGGGGAUCAUUCGAAAAUCAAGCUGGAAACGAAGAAUGUCUUUAUCGAAUGUACGGCCACGGAUUUGACCAAGGCGAAUAUUGUGUUGGACACGUUGGUGUGUAUGUUUUCCGUGCACUGCGCCAAGCCGUUCACGGUAGAAUCCUGCGAUGUGGUUAAUCCGAGUGGUGAGACUGUCCAAUACCCGGAACUGGCUUUCCGCGACGAGACCAUAUCCGUCGAGAAGGUUAACGCUCUGAUUGGAAUCAAAUCAAGUCCCGUAGAGAUGGCGAAGAUACUCAAUCGACUGCUUCCGACGUCGCAAAGUGUAUUGGACAAGGACCAGCUGAAAGUCGUGGUUCCCCCGACUCGCCACGACAUGAUGCACGUUUGUGACAUCUACGAGGAUGUUGCCAUCGCGUACGGAUACAACCAAAUUCCGAAAACCCUGCCCGGAACGAUGCACAUCGCUCGUCAGUAUCCGCUAAACAAGCUUACCGAACAACUUCGGGAGCAAAUCGCCCAAGCCGGAUUCACCGAAGGUCUGACUUUCACUCUUUGCUCGCGAGACGACAUUUCCACCAAGUUGAACCAUAAAAUAGAGGAAAUUUCCGCGGUUCAUAUCGCAAACCCGAAAACGCUGGAGUUCCAAGUCGUUCGUACGACUCUGAUCUCCGGUCUGUUGAAAACCCUGGCCGCCAAUCGCAAAAUGCCCCUGCCGUUGAAGCUGUUCGAGGUAUCGGACGUUGUGCUGGCCGAUUCUCGCGCGGAAGUCGGUGCCCGUAACGAGCGACGCAUCUGCGCCGUCAAUUGCAACAAAACCGCCGGCUUCGAGGUGGUCCACGGACUGCUGGAUCGAGUGAUGCAACUGCUGGAGGUUCCCUGGGAUAAAGAAAAUGGGUACUACUUGCGGGCGGCUGACGAUCCGGCAUAUUUCCCCGGAAGGUGCGCUUCCAUUGUCUACAAGGGAGCGGAUAUCGGUCGAAUCGGAGUGCUGCAUCCGACCGUGUUGCACGCUUUCGAAAUUACCACGCCGUGCUCGGUGGUGGAGUUCAAUAUGGAGCUGUUCGUUUGAAGCGGUUAUAGGGAAUGGUAGGCACCAAGAUGUUCGGUUUUGAAUUUGAUUAAUUGGCGAGGAAA